CAUCGUUAGCCAACUAUGGUCACAAGUUCCGUUGUUGUCAGCACAGUUCAACGAGUUGAACCAAAAGGUUUGGGAAACAGUAAUGACUAGCUAGUUGAGUUACAUCAUUGUAUGGGAAACGCAUCCCAGAUCAGGUUUCUUAUUAAAUCUAAAAAUAGACCCUACAAAGUUUUUAUGCCUUUUCUCCGCCCAGCACAGACAUCCUCCUACUCUCAAAAAUAUAAAGAGGCCAUUGAAACACAAACUUCAAAUCAAGUGAAGGUUCAUUUUCUCAGGCUGCUGGCAUUUGAAGACAGAUUACUGAAACAGUUGACAUAUAUUGAUGAUGGGUUUCAGCGUGAUCAUCAUCUUUGCUCUGCUGCAGAUCCGUCUGCUGAAUGCUGGGGUGAAUCCAGAGGAUCUUUCUAACAUUGAAAGAACUGACUCUUCUAAUCCCCAUCAGCGUCACGCUCGUGCAUUGCCUCUAAAGAAGCUUUUUGCUGGGAAAGAUAAGGAGGACCGGAGCAUUCUUGACCCAAACACUUACUUGGAGUUGGUUGACUCAAAAACUCCACCUGAAGAUGCAGUUAAAGUUCCCAGUGACUCCAAUAAUUACAUUAUUCUAACUGGGAAAUGUAAUGAUGUUAAGUUAGAAAUACUUAAUAGCCAAGCUGUUAAUGGUAAGGAACGUCGAUUUCUGGUGAAUAAAGACAACUUUGAAGAUUUAGAGUGGAAAACAUGGGCAGAUAUAGAGAGUAGCAAGACUCCAUUUGCCCCAGUGUGGAUUUGUGAACAUUAUUACAUUGCUAAAGAUGAAUCUGGUAAGCCUUCUUUGACCAAACAAAUAGAUAAAACAAAAAAGAAAACUGAAUAUCUCUACCUAAACAAUGACAAAUUGGAGACAUUAGAUAUGCAUUCUGAAGAUCCAGUACAGAAAACGCCAGGAAAUAUAGAAGUGCUAAAACAGUUCAUAUUUGUCAACAAGAACUGUAAGUCAGCCAAACAUGUGGUGAAGUUGGAUCAAGGCAGUGAUGAAUCAAGUUCUUCUCAGAAGGGCCGUACGCAUGCGUUCGGAGGAUCAGCCUCUGGUGGAUCACUUAAUCUGAAAUAUGACCACAGUCGCUCGAACACUAUAACGACAUCCAAUGUUGAUAAGAUGCUGCACUCAUGGAAUAUGGAGAUAGAGGUUCCUCCCAACCAUUCUUGCUCCAUUAAAGUGACAAGCAAAACCUUUACGAGUACAGUCCAGUACUCUGGUACGCUCACCCGACAAUACGGGAUCAGUGACGUACGCAAAACCUCUGUUACCGGCAUCUAUGAAAUUCAGGAAGCAGCAGACCUCGAAUCUGUGUAUAACUGCAAAGCUGAGAAAGAAAAGGUGAACUGUUGAAAUGCAUGAAACCUGUGCAACUUCUAAAAAAAAUGAAUGACAUGUUGCCAUGUGUGUGUGAUCAUAACAGAAUGUAAAAAAAAAAAAUGCAUUCAAAAUGAUUUCAAGAAUAACCAUUAAAUUAAAUUUUAACAUGCUUUUUAUUUUACUUUUAUAUUGUCUUUUUAUUCCUAUAUUGUAUUUCUGUUUUAUUUUUACAAGCAGAUAACAACAACUUUGUUUAGAAGAACACAUUUAAAACUACUAGACAAAAAAGUGGCAUCUGAGAAUUUAAAAAAUUUUUUGCAUAUUGAUGUUAGAAACCAUAUAAAAUCAGAUGUUUCAUCAAGCGAUGUUUAUUUUCACAUUUAGAUGCCUAUGUAUGGCAGAAGGCCAUGUAGUAUUAAAUAACAUCAGACAUGCAUUACUGCAAUCUUCAAAUGAUAUAUUCAGCCAUUUAGAGAAAUAUGUGUCAGGAUCACCAGCUGUAGUGUCCUGAUUGUCCACCAGAGGUCACUCCAUCACAGACUGCUGUCAAUCCUCCAGCAGAAUGCAGGACCGGGUUAAUUCUUAUUAUUCAGUGGAUUGAAAGAAGUUUAUUAGCUCAUGGACAGGAAUUCAGAGGAUUUAUUAAUGAGUUAGAAACAAAACCAGAUAUAAUUUGCAUACAGGAAACUUAGAUCCUCCACCAAUAACACAUGCAACAUUUAUUAAGCAAAAUAUACAAUACAAGGUAAUGGAAAUAACUGGAAUUUAUCAUAAUGGAUGUAUGGACAGAUGAUGGUAAUAUUAAAAUAGCAAAUUAUUAUAAUCAAUGCCAGAAAUGAACUGAAAUGAAAUUUGGAGGAAUUAUUAAUACACUUAGAAUGUAAGGAGAUUUUAAUGACCAUAAUGCAUUGUGGGAUAAUUAUAACGAUAUGAAUGGAGAGGUUAUAGAAGAAUUCAUGGAUAAGAAAACUCUAGUGUUAUGUUCUCUCACAAGUGUUGUUUUGGUAAUGCAUGGAGUUAGUGUUCAGUGACGCAUAUAGUUUGAUUGUGCAGGAAGCAUUCUGUUAUGCCUGACUAUGUAUGGGUUUGUUUAGUGGGGUCUGAUAAUAGAGAGAAAAAGUAAAAAGAGAUAAGUUAACGCAA